AUAAAAUACGUCGCCAAGAAUUGUUUUGGCAACAUGGCGACCAAGAAAAUCAUGAAAUAUUAGAUCUAGACAAUAUUUAAAUUUCAGCCAAAAACCAUCACUUUAAACGACUAUGCUGAAGUAAUAUACAAAUAAUGGAUGAUGACAUACGUCCCAAGCCAGCAGUGCGGCGAUCACUAAUAGGGCAACAACAAACCCAUUGUGAUGUUAGCGAUGAUAAUGAUGAUAACCAGGAUGAUGAAAGCCAAGGGUCUUCAGAAGAAGAGAAUGAUGACUCUGGGAGUGCAACUCCUACCAGUACAAAGGCAGGACUUGAUACUGAGCAGUGCAAUAGUGUUGCCAAAGCUCUCAGCCAGGCUUAUAGAGUACUUCACCCUGGCUGUCAUAUCUGUAAGAGAAACAAGACACAGGGUAAUAACUUCAUUCAUUGUAAGCUAAGUGUACCCCUUGGCCAGCAGUAUAAAAGACUUAGGCAUCUCAUGGAGACCAGAUGUUAUUUACAGUUGAUCAAGGAUUAUACUUUUCGGAUUAAUUCUUUGAGCAGUUUUAUUCGAAACUUAGAGUUGAUUGUGUGUGAGGAAAGUCAGAGUUGGUAUGCCAUAUCUCACAGUACAGGUAGCUUUAGCAUGCCAGAGACUCGGCUUGAAUGCCUAAGUGCAAUAUGUGAGGACCUACGUGUACACAUAGGACACUGGAACUAUAUCAAGCAACAGAUGCAUACAAACCAUUGGUUACAGCCACUUUUGCCCAAAUUAUAUGUCCAAAUGGGGUCGGUUAGGGAUACUCUAACUCGUGGAGUAUGUGCUGCCCUUUAUUGGAUUGAUAAGAUCAUAAGACAAGGUUUACAAGUAUUUUCCCAUACUAGUUUUGAUCAGUUGACUCAAUCAACUUUAUGGAGCAUCACCCGUGGAAUUGAAGAAUUUAACACUGUACUUAAUCUAGUCAAAUCUCGAUUCUCUCAGGAAGACAAUUUGCUCAAUUCUAACCAGUCAGGCACUAUGGAGAGUACAUAUACUUCCCUAAAUGAUAUUAAACAGAUCCCUUUGUCAAGAAUUCUAAGUAUUCUAGCAGGUGAACGGUCCAAAUAUGCAGCAGGGGCUACUCAACAGUUUUUUGUUAGCAGUAAGGAGGUGAUAGGGGUAGUUGAGAGUGGAGAAGCUGAUGCAAGCCUCAUUUGGGAAGAUAGUUACGUGCCUAAUUUACCUAUAGAUUCCGAUUAUUGUUCAGCUUCAAAGAGUCACACAAGCAUCAGUGACUCGUUGUUGAAAUUAGGCACCCUUAAAGCUCCAGAUUUAACCAAUCAAAUGUCACCUGUUGUCACAUUUGCCCGUCAAGAGAAAGACUUUGCAGAUAAGUUCUUUGAAGUUGUAUGCCAUUCCACAGGUCUAGUUCGGAAUAAGGCAUCAUUAUCAUCAAAAACUAACAUGGCAAUUUCUAAUUCUAAACCUCCAUCCUCACAAAAUGAUUCCGCUUUUUUUUCACGACAUGAUCCAAAGCGUAAAUCAGUGACAUGGGGAGACACAGCUGAUAACUCAUUAAAAUCUCAGCUCACAGGUCGUUACAUGGAUCUCCUGUGGGGACAGUUUAGCAGCCACUUUCAGGGUAUGCUUAUGCAACAUGUCUGGGGUGCACGUGUGUCUGCUGAACAACAGUUGGGACAUCUAUGUUUCUGUUCUGACACUACAGUGGUGUUGCUUACAAAAAUGAUUCAACAGACUUGUAUGAAAGAUAUGUUUCCCAUGGCAGCCAUACCUCAUCUUAACACAGUUACCUUUAAGCUACAGGCUGAUGUUGCCAUGGCAACAUGGGAUACAGUGUUCUGUGAUGCUCUGGCAUCUACAUGGAGUGACAAAUGCUAUCCUGUCCCCCUAGCUGAUGGUGUCUCCAGUACAAAGACAGGCAAACUCCUAAAAGAUAGCUUCCAACCACUGGCGGCAAUUCUUGCCUCGCUUAUUGCAGAAAGAAGACCUAGCAGCCAAACCAAAGGUGCUGCACAAUUUAAAUCCAGCCAAGUGUCAGUUCUCAUCCAGACCCUCCAACGUAUAAUCUUAGUCUGUGAAACUUCAUAUAGAUGGUGCCACAGUAAGAGUAAACACUAUCUGGCUAACUUUUCCAUUGGAGCUUUUCUCCUGGUGUCACACAGUGACUUGAAGUUGUUAUGUGAUGAAAUUAAACACAUCCUGGAGUUAAGUCAGUUGUUGAGGUCUGGAACCCCUGGAAUGCAAAUUGACCUCCCCAGAGCAAAGCUCCUUGAUGCAUGCUGGGAUAAUCUCCAUGAUGUCGCAUCAAAACUUCAGGCUCUAUCAGGGAUCAUCUUGAAGAGUUUCUCUGAGAAGUUUGCAGUACAGUGUUCGGAUUUCUUUGAAGAAACUGUUCCUGUUGGACGAGUUUGGCGCAAGAAAAGUAACCAAGAUUUACCUACAGAGUGUAACGAAUAUGCCCAAACUGCCAUGGACACACUUUUAGAACCCAUAGUCGAAGGUGCUGCUAAGUUGCGCUCUACAGCCCAGAUCAGCAUCAUCAGUAUUACCGUGACAACUAUUUGUGACAUGUGGAUGCAGCAGAUUCUCAAAGAGAGGCUCAGAUUUAGUUACUAUGGUGCAUGUCAGCUAGAGCUGGACUUUGGCUACGCAAGCACAUUCCUGGAAGCCUACAUCACCAACGAUGAAGUCCGACAGAGUAUACUUGCUCUUGAGGCCUUUAAGAAGCUCCAUGGAGCUGUUCUGCUUCUGAAACGUCAACCGCAUGGCAGACAAUCACGAGGAUCAAUUACAGAGACAAGCAACAAUGAGUACAGUAUGAGUACAACCGAGUCAUAUGCUUCGUCCCAAUCUAGUCUCCCUCGGCAUAGUAACCAAAACACUUCAUAUGGUCUUAGUGAUAAUAACAUAGGUUCUACGGAGCAAGAGGGAGAUCUCCACUAUAAACUGACUAAUAUGGAACAGUGGUUAGCACUGAGAGUACAUGGAGGGGCACGUAAUUGGCCUAAGCUUCCCACUUGCUUCCCUGUCAAAGAAUGACUCCUCUUAAUACAGGAACGAUUUGUACUUAAUAUAACAGCUGUUACAGUGAGUCUUGAACUCUUCUUAGUUAGUGACACCUACAGGUGUUAGUAGUUGGUGCAAUACAGUGCAGUUCAUGUAGAAUAUUGAGUCCAAACCACAAAUCUACAAAAGGAAUGAUAUUUAUUGAUAAUGGCCUAGUGAAUGAAAUCAAUGUCCAUUAGCCUUAUAUCAUUUGGUUGUGUUGUGGUUUUACUUAUAGUUAAAUUGUUGCAUUUAUGAACAUUUGUCAAGUGUAAACAUUUUAAAUGUCAUACUGUUGUUCAGUAACGAUAACAUUUUUUGUUUCAUGUUUGAAUUAAUGAGGAGAAAAAUGAGACAAUCAUUAUUUGUAAGAGUGCACUUCGUAUUGCACUUGUGUCCUCUAAAUUGAGGGUAAAAAAAUGUCAAGACUAGUACAUGUAGAUACAUAAAUGAAUGUACAAAUGUAUUAUUUGAUAGACAUUGUUACAGGCAAUAAUACUGACAUGCUCCAUGGAGCAACUUGUACUCCACUGAACUUGCAUGUAAUUCAUUCCAUCACAGGGUUGAUCUCAAAUAUUAUAUUAUGAUCUUUCAUUGUAUAAAUAGACUGAUAGACACUAAAGUAUAUUCACCAGUUUUUGCAAAGGAGUAGGAAAUGUAGGACGUGUGUGUACAGGACAUGAUGUACUUUUACAUGGUAUAAUUCAUGUAUGUAUUGUGAUCUAAUAUUUUUAGUGGUUGUAUCACCAGUCUUGUUUUAAGGCUCUGGAUCCCCCCUCUCCUGUUUUCUUUACCCACUGUACUGAGAAGGUGUGUAGUCAAGUAGUGGGGGUCAAACAAGCUUGUAGCUAGACCAUAUAUAGUAUUAUAGAGUUGUAUUCUUUCUCUUGAUAUUCAUAUGAAUAAGACAGUCCCAA